AUGACCACCAACAUCGACGAUGCUCGUGUCGCGGAGGGUAUCGACAAAAAUGCUGGCGCUUAUGAGAGUCGUGUGAGAUCUAAGCGCAGAAGUCCGUUUCGGUGGACCCUCGGGGUGUUCGUGCGCCUUUGUAUUUGGUAUGCAUUGCUGACUCCCAUCUUUCGAUGCCCGUCCCACCUCUCCGAACUGAACGAUUCCUCUCCGCGCGUUUGCAAACCAUACCUCGUCGCUCGGUCCUACGUUGAGCCCCAUAUUGCUCCCUACUAUGAGGCCUACGGCGCACCUUAUGUCGAACUCACCCGUCCAUAUGCGCGCACACUCAAUGAAAAGGUCUACACGCCCGCCGCAAAUGUUGCCAAAUGGGGUUACGACAAGUAUGGUGCUCCGGCCUUCGAUCAGGUUCAGCAGUAUACUCAGCAGCAGUGGGAAAGACAAGUAGUUCCUCACUUGCAGUCCGCCCAGGAUAGUGCGUUUAGGCUGUACAAGUCCGAUGUAGCGCCUCACGUUGAGCGGGUGGAAAUCGCGUUGUCGCCAUAUUAUCAGAAAACCAACGACGCUUUAAGUUCGGUGUUCCGGGGAUAUGUGUUGCCCUUCUGCGCCCAGUCAAGGCCAUUUAUCGGAAAGACGUACACGUCUGGCCAGGAUAUACUCACAACUACGGUUAUGCCUUAUGCGCAAACCAGCUGGUCUUCCGUCAUCUAUUUUGCGAACAGCUCAUUGUGGCCGAAGAUCACUGGCCUCUACUCGGAGAACGUUGAGCCUCAGCUGGUGAAAAUUGGACAGAGAUUGGCUAGCUACCGCGAGGGAAAACAGCUGCGCAAGGUUGUGGACGACGUUGAUAGCUCCUCCGACCAGCCCGACCCAACAACUUCAUCGGUAAAGCAGGCCGAGUCGCCGGUUACAACCACUGCGGCAGAGGCCUCGUCAACACCAAAGCCCCUGUCUCCCACGGAAUUGGCCGCCCAAACUCGUGAGAAGAUUGAAUCCGAUCUUCGCACAUGGCAGCAAAAGUUCGCCGUUGCCGCCGACAAAGGGGUCGAGGACCUUGAAGACCGGAUCAAAGUGAUCGUCGACAGUUAUAUAGACACCGGAGCGAAAAGUCACGGGGAGAGCCUCUUCACAGCAUUAGAGGAGGUUGUGCAACAUGAACUGGCUGGGAUCAAGCAAAGUAUUACUUUGCUCACCGAGCCUUUGCCCGUUGAAGAGGCUCCUGAAGAGGAGGAAGUGGCACAGGCGAAUCUCUCAUCGGACAUCAAACAAGCUGCAAUUACCAUCAGAGAUCAUGCUCAUGCACUUCGCCAGUGGCACAGAACGUUCGACGAAGAGAUCGAGCGUCGCGUCUCGGAUGCCGUGAACACUACUCUAAACGUGCUAGACAGUAUCCGCGAUUUGGGGCUUCAAGAGAUCGGGAUACGCUGGGCCUGGAUGGACGGCGUCACCUACAAGGACUGGGAAAAAUAUUAUGCCCUGAAGGCACAGUUUGACGGCUGGAGGAGCCAAUUUCGCGCAGUCGGGCUACAACAUAUCAAAGUGGAAGAGGCUCGAGUGCUCGCAGAUGACAUCUUGGGCCGCGGAAUGGACGCCGCUGAAAACGCCGCGAAGGAGCUUGCCAGACUUAAGGAUGUUGGCAAGUGGAAAAUCGCGGCCCGUGAAGUGAGCGAGGAUUUCGAUACGAGGUCGAGCCCCCCACCUGCCCUUCCCAAACGAAACACGACCUCCGAUCAAGUUCCGGGAGAAGAAUCCGUGGACUUGGAUGAGGAGGUUCCUCUGGACCACCAGGAUGCCGCAGAUCGCGACGCUGAUACGAUCUCUCACACCGAACCCGGCCUAGACGACGCACCUCUUUCCGAUGACCAAGACUCAGAGGAAUCGCCGAAACAGAGUUCUUGGUCAGCGCCUACUGACAACGAAGAGGAAAUUCUGUCUGCAAACGAGCAGAGCCACGAAGCUGAACAUGAUGCUGAGCGGUCUUCUUGGGGCGUUGUUGCGGCUGACGUUGAAACAAGCGACGACGCACCAAGUGUUGACGAACCCAUUGAGAUGUUACACAGCAUUUUGAAUGCCGCCGAUGACAAAGUACCAAUCAAGCAAGCCAACGAGCCUCAAACUUCCGACACGGCUCAAAACCCAGCUCAGCCAACUCCCAACUACGCCGCGGUCGAAGAUCUUGUCUCCCAACUACUUGAUGGCAAAGACCCCUCUUUUGCUGAAGACAUGAUGAAAAAGUUGCAUGCUAUCUAUGGUAAAUCGUCUCCUAUUGAUGUCGGUGAAAACGACAACACGCCCACCGAAUCGUCCACAUCGGUGACUGAGACUCCUAUAGUCGAGGAGGCUACUACCUACAUGCGUGAUAUCCCCAGUCGCACUUUUCUGGUUUGA